CAUUCCAAUUUCUCAACAAAAAGUUAACCAUACGAAUCAAUUUCUUUAUAACAAACCAACCCACCCAUUUUUAUUCUCAUUUCACACAUCACCGCCGCCCAAUAUUCAAUACAUUCUCAUCAUUUUCAAUUCUGUUUCUCAAUUUGAUUCCAUUAUUCCUUCACAAUCACACUGAUGGAUCACCAGAUGAAGAGGCCGAAGACGAAGAUCGUCUGCACGUUAGGACCUGCAUCUAGAUCAGUUCCAAUGGUGGAGAAGCUCUUAAAAGCAGGUAUGAACGUUGCUCGCUUCAAUUUCUCUCACGGAUCCUAUGAAUAUCAUCAGGAAACGCUUGAUAAUCUCCGCACUGCUAUGGAUAACACCGGUAUACUCUGUGCGGUUAUGCUCGACACCAAGGGUCCAGAGAUUCGAACCGGGUUUUUAAAAGAUGGCAAGCCAGUUCAGCUUAAACAGGGUCAAGAAAUCACAAUCUCUAUCGAUUACACCAUCAAAGGCGAUGAAAACAUGAUCUGCAUGAGCUACAAGAAGCUAGCUCACGAUGUUAAACCACAAAGUGUGAUUCUCUGUGCAGACGGCACCAUUUCGUUUACUGUUCUGUCUUGUGACAUUGAAAACGGGCUAGUUCGUUGUCGUUGUGAGAACACUGCGGUUCUUGGUGAACGAAAAAACGUUAAUCUACCUGGUGUGAUUGUGGAUCUACCAACGCUGACUGAGAAAGACAAAGAAGAUAUCAUGAAAUGGGGUGUUCCUAAUAAGAUUGAUAUGAUUGCUUUGUCGUUUGUCCGAAAGGGUUCAGACCUUGUGGAGGUUCGUAAGCUGUUGGGAGUACAUGCUAAAAACAUUCUGCUUAUGUCUAAGGUUGAAAAUCAAGAAGGGGUUGCCAACUUUGAUGAUAUCCUAGCGAACUCAGACGCGUUUAUGGUGGCGCGUGGUGAUCUCGGGAUGGAAAUUCCGAUUGAGAAAAUAUUUCUAGCUCAGAAAGUAAUGAUAUACAAGUGCAACCUACAAGGAAAGCCGGUUGUAACCGCCACUCAAAUGCUGGAGUCAAUGAUCAAGUCUCCAAGGCCCACUCGAGCCGAAGCCACAGACGUUGCUAACGCGGUCCUCGAUGGAACCGACUGCGUCAUGCUUAGUGGAGAAACCGCAGCCGGGGCUUACCCAGAGCUCGCAGUUCAAACCAUGGCUAAAAUCUGCAUGGAAGCCGAAAGCACAAUAGACUAUAAAGACGUUUUCAAAAGGAUCACUGCCAAUGCACCGGUCCCCAUGAGCCCACUUGAAAGCUUAGCCUCUUCUGCGGUUCGAACCGCGAUCUCAUCAAAAGCGAGUCUGAUAUUGGUUCUAACCAGAGGUGGAAGCACUGCGAAACUAGUGGCUAAGUACCGCCCCGGGAUGCCUAUACUGUCUGUUGUGGUUCCAGAAAUCAAGACCGAUUCUUUUGACUGGUCUUGUAGUGAUGAGUCACCGGCUAGACAUAGUCUAAUCUUUAGGGGUUUGGUCCCGGUUUUGAUUGCGGGGUCUGCUAGAGCUUCUCAUGAUGAGUCCACUGAAGAAGCUAUUGAAUUUGCUUUGCAACAUGCUAAAGAUAAAGGACUAUGCAAGAAUGGUGAUUCGGUUGUGGCUCUACAUCGUGUUGGAACCGCGUCUAUAAUCAAGAUCGUGACAGUUAAGUGAUUCUUAUGCUAUAUUGAUAUUGUCGAUUUUUGCCCUUUCGAUGGCACACAUUGUUACACUGGUAAACUAAAGUUGAUUUUGGUAUCGAUGAACUGGAUUUGUUAUGAGAAACUACGUAACGAGUAAUGCAUUUUUGUCGCGAGUUUGAAUAAUUGACAUUACUUCGUGUUUUUUGGAACAUGAUUUGUGCAUUAUAAGAUUGUUUUGUACGUCUUGAUCUA